AUGACCAUUGACCGCCGCGCCCGCGCAGCCCCGCGCGCGGAGGAGCGCCCGAGCCACGGCCGCUUCCUCCGCCCCGGCGCGCUCGCCCGGCUCCGGGACUGCAGGAUCGUCGCCCGCUCCCUGCGGUCGGCGGCGGCGCGCCUCCCGAUCCCGUCCGCCCCUCCGUCCCCCGCGGCGGAGCAGCAGAGGCAGGACGGCGUGCCGCACUUCCUGGUGGGGCCCACGAGGGGCCUCUGCGGCGCGGCGCGGUACCCGCUCAGGAGGAGGAUGGCCGCGGCGAGGUGCGUGGUGUUCUUGCCGCCGCCGGAGGCGUUCCUGGACGCGCCCGCGCCGUCGUGGGUCCUCGCCACCGCGCGCUGA